AUGAGAUUCUAUUGCAACAAUCUUAAGAAGAUUAGACUUGAGAAUACACCCUUUGAACUAGUUGAUAUUAUCUUCUCAGUAAACGAAGGCUCUAUGAUUCUGAAAGAAUACACUUAAAUUUAAGGGGAAUUAGGAAAAUGCCUUAGUUAUCUCGAAUAAAUUGAGACUUUAAAAAAUGUCUAUUGCUUAGAAAAUGACACCUCAAAAUUCUAAAGUCUGAGUUAAAAUAAUGUUGCACUAAAUGUGAUCGAUCAAAGUUCAAUUCCUUAAAAUGUAUACUUUGUCAACUAGGCUAUAAGAAAAAAAGUUUUGGAAUCAGGUGAGCUUAUAGUCUUUAACAGACUUAAGAUGGAUCAAUACGAGUGGAUUCUCAAAGAUGUUAAGAAUUUGCAUACUAUAAGAAUAUAUGAUGCAAAAUCACUCUCAGACUCUAUCUUUCAUUUUCUAUAAGGCAAGAACUUGCAUAGAGGGUUGAGAGAGAUAACAAUAAGGUAUUUUCAUUUCUACUAUGAAAAAACGAUUCUUGGAUUCCUUCAGAACAUAGCAAGCUAAUAAGACUGUCAAUUACAUGUUGAUUUCACAGGAUGUGAGCCCAUUGAGAGAAUUUAACGCAUUGCCGAAGCAUUAACUGACUAUUCUGGCAUCUCUAGUAUUAUAGCAGAUCGAUUAGAUCUUUUAAGAAUAGCUAGAAUUCAGAAUCAAUACAGUCUUAUCGAUAACAUGUUUGGAAAUCUUAGCAUUGAGGAGAUGUAACAACAACAAUAUCUUCUAGAAUUUGGUCACGCUAAUCUUCAAAAUGUGAUUGAAUACUCAGAAGAGAUAUCAAGUUUAUUGUGA